CAGCCGCUUCCCGCCCCGGGCGAGAAGAGAGGCAGCGGCCAACUACGGGGCCGGGGCUUGCGAGACCCGUAACCGGCGCGAAUGACCCCUCGCGGGCGGCCGGGGGCUGCGGGCUGGGACGGAUCCAUGAACAACAGGUGAGCCCUCUGCUGAGGGAAGGAACAGUCUGUGCUCCCAGGUCAGGGAAACAUGUCCCGUCGGAAACAGACCACUCCUAACAAAGUUCACUGAGAGCUGGCUGUGUCCUGGCAUGGCAGGGAUAGACUUGAACAAAUAGGUAAUGCUGUAAAGGUAGGUUGUGUAUGUGCAGGGCCUGUAGCUGUGCUUCGCUUUCACACUGUCACAAGUGCAAAUUAGUAUACUAAGAAAUGUGACUUGAGGGCCCUGGCCCAUCUUGGGUAGCAAAGGAAGUUCUAGGCCAAAGUGUGUAGCAGAAAGCCAGGAAUUCUUGGGUUCUGAUCUUUGCCCUACCACAGACUCAACUGACUGACCUUGGACACAUUCCUUGAGCUCACUCUACCUCAGCUUCCUACCAGAUAAUGAGCCAUCAGAAGCAGUAAGUAGGACCACAAGAAAAUAAAGGGACCGAAGGAUACAAGAAACAUGUCAAUGGUGAUGUCUCCAACUUGGGUUGGGAAAUCUUGCCUGUCUUAUGAUGAACGCCAUUGGGACUUUUCUGUCUACCUAGCCUGCUGUGUAUCUGGAGGGCCCAGAAAUGCCAUGCAGUGCACUCACGAGGAAAAUCGCAAAGAGCAUCAGCUCCACGAACUGGGUGAGCCAGCAGAAUGAGGAGUCAGGCUGAGACAUAGCAGACACGUUACUGAGACUUCUUCACAGGGACUGAAGUGGUUGGGAGGAAAGGAGUAAAAGGGACAGCAGUAACCACUACAGCAGUGUGGACAACCCAAAAUAGCGAUGGGGCAGGUGGACUAGAUUCACAGUGGUGGAAACACAUGCAAAUUUCAGGUCCAGGAAAGGAACACAGAAGACCUACAUGAACAGGGACUUUAAAUUGAUGUAUGAGGAGGGAAUAAAGAGGCUCAUCUGAGAGACCUUUCUGUUUAGGAAGGAAGACAGGGGAAUGAUGCCAUUUCUUUUGAUUUUGUUUUAUGGAUCUUGGCUUGGGGGUUGUUUGUUUGUGUGUUUGUUUUCCAGAACACCUGAGAGUUAUCCUGCAUUCAUACAGUUCAAGAAGGGAAGGGCUCAGGAAAAAUAUCAUUUCUGGCUACAAAGUUGAUACAGCACCAGAUCCUAGCAGUAAUGCCCCUGUUGCACAGUUCCACAGGGUUGCCCCCUACCUGCACAGCUGCUCACAUGGCAUCCCACUCCAUUUACAAGAGUAUGGAGAGAACUGGAAUGCAAAGCAGAGGCAUUUUUAUGAUCUUUUAUUGUCCUACAUUUCUAGCUGCUUGUAAACAAAUACACUGACUUGUUUUGGUGUUGUAGUCGGACUGUUUCAGUGUUGUGGUCAGCCUGCAGCCAUUUUUGUAUUUAAUAAAGAAACUUCUGCAGAAGAGUGUGAGUUCACUAUUGAACAUAAUAUCCUUUACUGAUAGUAGUGAUUGUAAAGCUAUCGCCUGUCUUACUCUCUUUCCAAAUGAAUAGAAGUGGAUUCAAAGUGGGGUGGAGGUGGGGGUGUAAGUGUCUGCAUGUGUGAGCGUGUGUGUGCAGAAACAAGUGUAACUUCAUACUACCAAAUAGUAGUCCAUCAGUAGAUGAACAGGACAGUGUUCCCUAAGUUCUUUUGGAGACAAUAUUAAUUUAAUACAUAAGAAAUUCUGUAUAAGCUAAAGAUAGCAUUUUCAAAAGUUUGUCUUUCCCAAUCCCAUGCUGCCUUUUUUUAGAUACAGGCUACUGGAGAAUGCACAAGAUGUCAUCUGCUAACAGCACUGGUGUGGUUAACAAUUUGCAUUUCUGGCUGUGAGCUGACAGUUUUCUGCACUGCGCUGAAUCAAUGCUAACUUGGUUCUGGGUAUGUUGUACAGAAAGGCCACUGGCAGACACAAUCACUCUUAGUUGUUGUGGUUGAUGCUAGUGUUACUGACAGGAGGAGUUUCCUUCUCAGCUACAUUAUGUAAAGAUCACACCUUUUCAAAUCCUGCAGGCUGUCUGCAUAAUCUGUAUCUGAGCAGAAACCUGCUGCCGUAGUACUCCAGGCUGCUGCUCAGUGGAAACGUAAGCCAUCUGGGAGGGGAAAGGGGAAGAAAACAAGCACCUACCUACUUGCACUGGGACAUACAGUGGUGUUUGGGAAUCCUGUUGUGUAACUCUGCCACAGGUAGCAUGUCUCCCGCCACUGUUUUACAUCUGUCCUGUGCUGGACAGGUUUCCUCAUUCACCGUACUUUCCUUUGUCUUGCAAUGCUUUUUUAGACUCUGCUCUUUAGCUUUUGACCUGGUGGUUGGUGCAUAUCUGCUUCCUGGAGAGGCACUGUAAUUCUGUAAUGUCUGCUGUUCAUACAGUCUGUAUCUCGGUCCCACCAGUGUGCGGUUGUGGUCCAAAACUAAAAGCAGCACUCCAGGCUAUGAAAACCAUUCAGUGUUGGAGUGGCUUCUGGUGGGGGUACAUGUGUCACAGCAAUCACGACAGUACCUGCUACUUUUGGUGACAAAUACACUUUGGGUACUCCUCAGCACCUCUCAUCAGCCCACAUGGAUUGUGUUCUUGAGUCUUCUCCACAGAAACCUCUCUCACAUUUCUGAAACAGAAUAAUAAAUGCCUUCAAAUGCCUUUGGGGGGACAUUGGGAAUUAAGACUCCCACAGUCUCCAUGAAACUUCUGAAGGUCUUUGAAAUCUUCCUUAAAUUACUGCUUUUUAAAGCACUGUCGGAAACUGGGAGGUAAGCACCAGAAAGGCAGUGUGAAUAUGAACACGGGGCAAAGCUGGCUGAAACAGGGUAGCAUGUAGGAAUGUAUCUGUCCUUGUAACAGGGCUGGUGCUGUCUUCAUGGCUCAAGAAUGCAGUGCCCUGGUUAUGCUGUUGUCAGUUGUGGCCCUAUACUAAAAGGUACAAUUUUCUUCUGAAAGCUAUGUUUUGGCUUUGCUUUUAUGUGAAGAAUGCACUGCAUCUUUGUUAGCAUUUUUGCAUUUAUGCUUUGAGUGAUUCUUGAGAGCUUAGACAUCAGUUGAUAGAUUUAACCCAAAGCUGGCCCGCUGGGAAUUUCAGCAUCUUGCCCCAAGUGCUCCCAGCUCAUCCACUGAGGGGUAAAUCAGGACCAGAUUUGGAACAAAGACAUUUGAUUAAAUAUGAAAAUUAAUUGUUGCCCUUUACUGUUAUUCUUCGGAACCAGAAGUUCUACUUAGAAGAGAACACUGUAGGAGGUUUUCUUUCAGAGGCACAAAUAAUAGCUUCUUUCAAUUUGUUUGCCAUAUCUUAUUGAGUUGAAGUAGUAGUGAUCAGUGUCUUUCAACAAACAGACUGUAAGCUCUCCUAACCCAGCAUCUCAGCUCCCUAUUUUCAAUUCCCUUAGUUUUCUGUUUUGAGCAUUGAAGUGCCACUGAGGUUUGUUUUAGCCAGAGCCAUUCCUGGGCAAGAUACGGUGGUGAAGCAAGUUACCUGUCACUUAAUAGCAGGACAAUACCAGCUCUGGGAGCAAACACCUUCCUGAAGGGCAGCGUGUCCUCAGUCUAAGACAGAGGGUGGUGACAGAACAUGACAAGGACAAACCUUGGUUUUGAUAGCACUGUGGAGGGCAGGUGAAGUGUCAGGAGCACAGGAAGGUACUGGUUUUGUGCAAGUUGCAUGUUCUAGCAGGGAAUAGGACUUCGUGAUUUUCAAAGCCAUAUAGCACUGUGCCUGAUCUGGUAUGCGGUCGUAAUCCUCCAGCGGCUUCCCUUCCACCCAGAGCUGUGCUGUAGCUCUACUGGGAGAUAGCUUGGUAGCAGAGAAAGCCACCUGGCUAUGUACGGCAAAUAGAUGGGAUCUCACAGGGGUUUUGUGGCUGGAGUGGUGUAUAAAGAGUAUGCAGAGUGCAGCGCAAUGCUGGACGUUUCUACUAGCAAGAUUGUUCUACACACAGGGGCUGGACUCACCUCAGCGGGUACGAGAGGCUGGUGUUGCAGGGUAGGCAAGCAGAGAGUUACUUAAAUGCUUUCUGAGAGGUGACUUCAGAGGUGCUGCACAGUGCAGGUGAGCAGCCCCAUACUUGUUCUGGUUUUGGCAAGCCUUGGUGGUGAAAGCAAGGCAGUGGCAUCAGUCUGACUCUCUGUCCUUGUGGCUGCCAGGGGAGCAAGUCUUUGCAGGGCUGGAGGAGCAAGCCCGACAAGCCAUGAUGAAAACCAACUUUCCUGGAGCUCUUGGUGACCAAAGGCCAGCCAUUUGUCAACUGCAAGACCCCGACUCCAGCAGCAGUGAGUUCUGCCCCUUCCAAUAAUGGCAAGGUAGCAGUGAUGACGAGGAAACCACUCAGGAUGAAGUUUCUUCACAUACCUCUGAGGAGGAUGGCUCAGUGGUGAAAGUAAAGAAAGAGUUAGAGAAUGCUGAACAACCUGUGGCUGAAGCCCCACUGAUGGGAGAAAAUGAGGCAAGUGUGUACUGGUGCUGCACUCACCUGGGCCUCCCAGGGGUGAGACAGGUACCAUCUAAACACCUUCUCUCCCCAUCAUUGUUUAUCUUUUUCUCCCUCCCACCUCCUCCAAACAACACCUUCUGGCAGGAAGGGAAAGUGUAUGAAGAGUUCUUGGGCUGCCAGGAGCAGGAGAUAACCUGCACAGAUAUGGUUCUCCUGGCUGGCCAAAAUGAUUGUGCAGAGUGUGCCCCCUUCUUUAAGUCCUCGUGGCUUUCUCUGACUGACUUCCCCUCCCUUCUGCUACAGAGCAGGCCUUGCCUACCAGAGCCACUGUGCUGGAAGAGCCUGUGUGUGCGUGGAGGCCUUGAGGCCUUUUGCCUGUUCUGCAGACACCAGAGUUUUGCUCAGAGGCUACAUAAAGUAAUUUUCAGAGUGCAACAGCAUGAACCAGCCCCAGUGGGACUGGGCACACAGCCCUUGGUCUGGCCAAGUCCUGCCUGGUGGUACUGACCAGAUACUAAGGGAAGGUGGUGUGUCUGCCUUACACCAGGGUGGCUUUUCUUCCCUGUAGGUGCCUGGGAGUUUGAAUGCUGACCCUACGCUGGGACUGUCACAGUGCCCCCUCUGCCAGCUGGAGUGUGGAGGCAGAGAGCAGCUCAUCACUCAUGUAUACCAGCACAGUGCGGCAGUGGUGAGCGCCAAGAGCUACAUGUGCCCUGUAUGCGGCAGAGCCCUCAGCUCACCAGGAUCCCUCGGGCGACAUCUCCUGAUCCACUCAGAGGACCAGCUGUCCAACUGUGCAGUGUGCGGGGCACAAUUCACCAGCCACGCCACGUUCAACAGUGCGAAGCUGCCGGAGAUGCUCAGUGCCGACCGGCUGCUGGCUCCACAGAGCCAGGGCCCCUCCAGUGCUGAAGGGAAGGACGUUGCUUUUCACCCCACGGUGUACCCUGCAGCCAUCCUGCUGGUGUGCAACAACUGCACAGCAUACCGCAGGCUGCUGGAAGCACAGGCGCCUGGCGUGCGCAAGUGGGCUCUGCGGCGGCAGAACGAGCCCCUGGAGGUGCGGCUGCAGCGGCUGGAGCGUGAGCGCACGGCCAAGAAGAGCCGGCGGGACAACGAGACGCCUGAAGAGCGGGAAGUAAGGCGCAUGCGGGAUCGGGAAGCCAAGCGCCUGCAGCGCAUGCAGGAGACGGACGAGCAGCGGGCACGGCGGCUGCAGAGGGACCGGGAAGCCAUGAGACUGAAACGCGCCAAUGAGACCCCAGAGAAACGCCAGGCCCGGCUCAUCCGGGAGCGUGAGGCCAAGAGGCUCAAGCGGCGCCUGGAGAAAAUGGACAUGAUGCUCCGGGCACAGUUUGGCCAAGACCCCUCUGCCAUGGCUGCUCUGGCAGCUGAAAUGAACUUCUUUCAGCUACCAGUGAGCAGUGUGGAGCUGGAGAGCCAGCUGCUGGGCAAAAUGACCUUUGAGGAGCAAAGCAACAGUGCGCUGCAUUAAGCUACAGCCAAGGACCGUUCCACCUCUUGUAUGGGCACACAUGCAUUAGUAGCUUCUCCUCUCAUGAGGCUGCUGUGUGUCCCUGGCUAACACCCUGACAGACGGUUCUGGCUUUCUCCUGAGCACAGGAGGGGAAGAGCUGAGGGGUGCCUGCCAAAGUAUCUCUGGUGGGAGCAGAUUCUGAGGAUACAUUCUGCUCUGCGGACCAAGUCACUGCUUGUGAGCAGAGGGAAAAUAAAUUAAUGCUCAUGUUUAUUUA